GGCGGCGAUUUGAUUGAUGGAAGCGAGGGUUACAUAUCCAAAGUCAAUUGGCCCGAGCGACUCCCACUGCUCGCUGCGUCAGGGACGGCGCCACCUACUUCCUGUACCAUAGCCCGCUAGCACACUAUAUAUAAGCCGCGCCGUGGCCACGUUAGCUUGAGAUGCACACCACCCACCCCCGCUCGUCGUCCCGCCCGCCGUCGCCGCCCGCGAUGGCCUCGCUCUUCUACAACGAACUCGACUUCCUCGGCCGGAGCUACGACGGUGCCAUGCCCCGUUUGCACGAGCCGGAGCCGACGCCGCCGCCGCCGCGACGCGCCUACUAUGAAGAGCCGCCGCGAAGUCUGCCCAAGCCACGCAAGAGCAGCAUCGAGAUGUUUCUCUCGCAGAGUCCGUCGCAGCACCUUGGCAACGAUUUCCUGCGCCUUGGCCUUGACGAACCGCCGCAGUUUUACCUCAACCCCGAGCUCGCAACGUUUGGCCCGCCGACGAGCGCCGAGACGACGACGACGACGGAUCCGUGGUACCACGAGCGAUCGUCGUAUGCGCCCGAGCCGGCGCCCAUGUACACGGCGUCGUACGCGCCGACGUCGGCGCCGUCAAUGCGAUCGCAGCAGUGGUCGCGACCGUCGCCGCCGCUCCCAACCUACCCAUCGUCGUCGUCGUCCUUUCGGCAAAGCGCGCCCCGGUCCGCGCCGCGCUCGUUCCCGCUCGGGAACCGGACCGCGGGGCUCUUUGACUCGCUCAAGUCGCCGCUCAAGCCGUGCAAGUUUUAUGCCCAAGGCCACUGCCGCAUGGGCACCAAAUGCAAAUUUGCGCACCAGCUGCCGACCGCGCCGUCGUCCACCGCGUCGUCGGCCGCGUCGUUUGAGGACGAGUACGCGUCCUACCCGAGCUUUCGGCCGACGCACCACGCGUCGACGAGCAGCCUGGACGCGGCGUCGCUGCCCGAGCUCUCGCCGAACGUGGCGCUCACGGUCGACGACCUUGCAGGCCGCGUGUACGCCAUGUCGAAGGACCAGAAUGGCUGUCGGCUUCUCCAAGAGCAGCUCGACGGCCGGUCGGACCUCUGCGAUGUGAUUUACGCCGAGGCCGUGCCGCACCUCGUCGAUAUGAUGGUCGAUCCGUUUGGCAACUACCUCUUCCAGAAGCUGCUCGAGCGCGUGAGCGAUGGCCAGCGGCUCGUGAUUGUGCAGCACGUGGCGUCGCACCUCGUGGCCGCGGCGCUCAACUUGCACGGAACGCGGUCGGUGCAAAAGGUGGUCGAAGUCUGUGCGACCGACCGCGCGCUCGCGUCGCUCAUCGUGUCGGCGCUCGACGACGACGCGGUGCGUCUCUGCAUCGACUCGAACGGCAACCACGUGAUCCAGCGCGCGCUGCAGUUUUUACCGGCCGAGUUUAACCAGUUUGUAUUUGACGCGGUCGCGGCCGACUGCACGGUCGUUGGGACGCACCGCCACGGCUGCUGCGUGCUCCAGCGCUGCGUCGACGCGGCCAACGAGAGCCAGAAGCGCGCAGUGAUUGCCCAAGUCGAGCGCCACGCGAUGAAGCUCAUGCAAGACCCGUAUGGCAACUACGUGGUCCAGUACGUCCUCGACGCGUGCCCGAGCGACGAGACGGUCGGCGUCAUGGCCAAAUGCGUCGGCCACCUCUUUGAGCUCUCGGUCCAGAAAUUUUCGUCCAACGUCGUGGAGAAGUGCCUCGAGUUGGCGCCGUACGAGCUGCGCCAGACGUUUGUCAAGGAGCUCAUUGCGUCGCCGCGUAUGCAGCGCAUGCUCCAGGACCAGUUUGCCAACUAUGUGGUCCAGCGCGCGCUCUCGGUGGCCUCGGACGAGCACUGCCUCGCGCUCGUGCACGCGAUCGCGCCGCACUUGCCGUCGAUGAAGAACACGUCGGGCGGCCGCCGCAUCCAGGCCCGGAUCCUCAAACGCUUCCCGCACAUGGUCGAGAUGGUGAUGCUUGGCGAGACCAUGCCGCUCGAGACGCCGCCGCCGCUCUAUGGCCGCGUCGCGUAGCGUCUUUGUAUGUACUCUUAGCCGCCACACUAGUUCCAACAUCCUGUAUCAUUAAUACCCGACGUACUUCUGUGUCGUUCACGCUCG